AUGUAUCUGGUUUCUUUCCAACAGCAGUUUUUGAAGAAAGUGGAAGAAGACAAAGAAACAUGGUGGUUUCUUCCACGUGUCAAAGACCCAAACUUGUCAGAUUUGCUAAACAUAGGUCUCCCUGGUUUGACCAUCUCUGAAAAGCCAUGGGGGAUGCAAAUGAAGCUUCUGAUAAUACAAGGCUUGGAAUCUUUAAACACCGAAGUGAAGAAAAUUGAUGCAGUGCCUCCGGAUGCUGCGUGGGAUGAUUGCUCAACAAGUAUUGCAGAAUCAAUCGAACCUAGAAGUGAAGCAUCAGAAGAACCUGCGGGAUCUGAGACAACCGGUUCUCAAAGCUACCCAAGUUUGGGUAGUCUAGUUCAACUGCGUGGCUUUUUUGGUUUACUGAAAAAGGGACCCGGAAUCCCCUCUCAAGUCUUGCUAAAGAAGGGCAAAAGAAGCGGAGAUGACAUGGUUCCACCACUAGAGUCGACUUUGAAUGCAGAACUAAGCUGUUUUAAGUCAUCCUGGAAGAACUUUUCGCUCUCGGAGCUUGAGGAAGCAACCGAUAACUUCAGUGAUGAAAAUUUGAUAGGGAAAGGAGGGUAUGCAGAAGUUUACAAAGGGCAACUGAAAACCGGAAUGUAUGUUGUGGUAAAGCAGCUAAUGAAAGGUUCACCAGAAGAGAUGACUAUUGAUUUCUUGUCCGAGCUUGGAAUUAUAGUUCAUGUUGAUCAUCCCAAUAUUGCUAAAACGAUUGGCUAUGGUGUUGAAGGGGGAAUGCACCUUGUUCUUCAAUUGUCUCCCCAUGGAAGCCUGGCGUCGAUACUUUACGGUCCUAGGGAGAAACUGAAUUGGAGCGUCCGAUUCAAGAUUGCUGUAGGGACUGCCGAAGGCCUUGGCUAUCUUCAUGAAGGUUGCCAGCGAAGAAUUAUCCAUAAAGAUAUCAAGGCGGCAAACAUAUUGCUUUCAGAGCAUUUUGAUGCUCAGAUCUCAGAUGUUGGCCUUUCAAAGUGGUUUCCUGAUCAAUGGACCCAUCAUACCGUCUCUAAAGUCGAAGGCACAUUUGGUUACCUUUCUCCCGAGUUGUUCAUGCACGGCAUAGUCGAUGAAAAAACGGAUGUCUAUGCUUUCGGCGUACUGUUGUUGGAGCUCAUCACAGGGAGGCAAGCCGUCGAUAGUUCACACCGAAGCCUUCUUAUCUGGGCAAAACCAUUGAUUGCAGAGAAUAAAAUCAAGGAGCUCAUUGAUCCAACUCUGGGGGAUGACUAUGACCUGGACGAGUUAAAACGUUGUAUUGCAACAGCUUCGAUCUGUAUAGAUCAGUCCGCGAUAGAUCGACCCCAAAUGAGCCAGGCUUUAGCCAUCCUUAAAGGUGAUGUUUGCUGCCUUGAGAUGCUGAAAGAACGGUCCGCUCAUCGGAGGAUUUACUCCGAAGAGAUCUUCGAUGCAGAAGAAUAUAACUUAACCAAGUGUUCGAAUGAUCAAAAUAGUCAGAUUAACAAAGUUUGAGGGAUUAAAACAGUUUGAAACAAGGAGAAAAAGUCCAUGUGAAAAAUAUAAUAUAAACACAUGUUUUUGUAUUU